AUGGCAUGUUCAGGAACAUGGCGUUUGGACACACUGAUCACCAUUUUCUACCAGAUGUCGUUGUUCUUCUCCGUACAAUUGCUUUUCGUCAUUUUUCUCGAUUAUAUGCCGCGAACGACGUGCGACGCCGACAAUUAUUGCUAUAAGCUGAAUGGGAAGUGCAUGAGCAAUUACGACAAAAAUCUGCCGAGUUUAUGCCCAGCGAACGAUACCAAAUUUUUGGAAUGUGUGGAAGAUAAGAAGAGACUCGAUUUCAUUUCGGCACAGUACGAAUAUCAGCAUGGCUGCACGGGUCUCCGCUCAUUCUCAAUAUCUACUGUCACUUUCAUUGGUACCUUAUUUGGAAAUACGGUAUUGGGAUCAAUGGCGGAUAAGUUGGGAAGAAAGCCGGCGUAUCUGACGGCACUUGCUAUUGGGAUCCCCUCGAUUGUUCUGGCAGCCGCUGUUCCGGGGACUGUUGGGUGGACGUAUGGAUCAGAAAUGAUCUCUCCUACAAUGAGAUUGCGGUUAAGGACGUUCCCAAAUUGGGCGAACGCUCGAAUGAUGCAAGUGACAGUGUCAUAUUUCACGGGGGAAUGGAGAUUGGAGUCAUAUUGGCAUUCAGGAUUAUCGCUAAUUUUGGUUCCAAUUAUGCUUUUCCUAGCUGAAAGUCCGGUUUUUCUCGAGCAGAAGCAAAAAUACGAUGAAGCUCGCGCGGCUCGAGAAAAAAUCGCGUGUAUUUGCGAUUUACCGUAUUCUGAAAAGAAAAUCGACGAAGUGAAAAAGCUGAAAAAAGUCACAAUUGGCCGAGUUUUCCGAAGUCCACAUUUGAGAAUGAAUUUUCUGGUUUUAUGCUGGAUGUGGUUUUAUGUUGGCACCUGCAUCUACAUUACGGACCUCAAUGGUGGCGAUAUGUCCAAGAAUUUCUACGUUGGACAAUUCUUCUCAGGAUUUAUGCUGUCUAUAUCGAGAAUUAUUCUUGGUGUCGCUGAGCCGCUCUUCAAAUGGCUUGGUCGCCGAUUGUUAUUCCUGACUGCUCAAGGAAUCUCCCUUAUCUGCUAUAUUAUCAUUUUGGUGGCCUUAUAUACGGAUAGCAAGAGUCAAAUAUGGUAUACAAUCACCUAUAUUUGUGCAUAUUCAUUCCAGUCCCUUUGUCUCGAACCCUGCUAUCUUUGUUUGGCUGAACUCAUGCCUACAGAUGUUCGAACCACUGUUGGAGCAGUCGUGAAUAUUGUAAUGCGGCUGGGGACCAUUGUCGCGUCGACAACCGUACCGCUCAAGUUUAUCUACGAGCCCGCACUUUUUUGGAUCAAUUUGGUACUGGGCUCGUUUGGAUGGCUUAUGAUCUACAUUUUCCUCGAGGAAUCCAGAUUCUAUAAUUUGCAAACCGUCGGCCAGGAUGAUGCAAGUGAAGCUGAACAAGGAGCUGCAGAAGGUCAGACAGGCUCAACGUCGAAAAAUGAGAUUGCUUCUGGUGCCGAAAAACCGGCAACGGAUGCCGAAAAUCAGGCGAAAUCGAACGCGGCCGAAAACGCGACAUAA